AACUGUGAAAAAUCCAUUCCCAACAAAUCGAAGAGCUCCGCUGCUGAAGUUGAAGGAGGCGGGGGGAGAACGAACCGAAGACAUUGAUAAUGGAGCAGCAGCCCGGCGGGGAUUUCUCGGUACUAGUUUUGGCUUCGGACCUUGGCGUCGUCGCUCGAUCCCGCGUAGCUCGGGUUGCGGAAGAGGCGGCCGCCGAGGCGGAGGCGGAACAGUGGCAUGAAUGCUCGGAGGAAGAUUUCUCCGAUCUCGUCGCGCUUCAGAUCCUGCGAUUUGAGGGACUUGAUAAGUCAGGGAAUCGUAUUCUUCGAAUCGUUGGGAAAUAUUUCCCCGCUACUGUUGUUUCUGGGGAGCGCUUGAAGAGGUUUGUGUCCCAUAAGCUAACGACUGAGCUGCCUGAAGGUCCAUUCUGCAUUUUGUACAUGCACACAACUGUGCAAAAUGAGAAUAACCCUGGAAUGUUUAUCUUGUGGAGGAUAUAUGAAGAUCUACCUGUUGAGUAUAAAGAAAGGCUUCGGGUUAUUUAUUUUCUUCAUCCCGGCCUUCGAUCUAGACUUGCAAUCGCUACGCUUGGCCGCCUUUUCUUAAGUGGAGGCAUAUACUGGAAAAUCAAAUAUAUAAGCCGAUUAGAGUUCGUGUGGGCAGACAUAAGGAAGGGACAGGUUGAGAUACCAGAGUUUGUGCAGCGUCAUGAUGAAGUUCUUGAGCGCAGGCCUUUAACAGACUAUGGCCUAGAGGCUGAUCCUCUCCGCCUAUCUGCUAUGGAGGCCAUGGAAGGUUCAAUUGGAAGGUAUGCAGAUAGAUGGUCUUGCCGGGAAGAUAUGUAAUUAGUCAACUUUUUCUUAUAGGCCCUAAUAAUGAAAACAUAAUGUGAAUAGCAGAGGGUGCCAGAUAGUCUGGUUGAUAAUGAUUUAGUAGUUAUUGUCAUGAUUUUGAAUUUGAUCUUGCCUGAGUAAUAAUAAAUCUCGUUCGUGCUUAA